AGAUGGAAAUUGUGUAUUGCCUGAAUCCUUCGGUGUUACCCGCUGUCGAGAAGAUAUCUCAUAAGUAUUGACGAAGUGACACAAAAUUAGCUGAAUUUUUAGUAUCCGCAUUAUUAAUAAUAAUUAACUGUGAUUAUGGACAAUGACGAAAUAUUGCGUCACGUUUGCGAAGCAAUGACAAGGGUUUACGUAUAUUCGUAUAAAGAUGAACCGAAUGAUUCUGAAGACGAGUGCAACCUUUCGGCGACGGAGGACGGGGUGCCGAUCCGAAAACUCUUCGUCGGCAAUUUGGCACAAAGAACUACUGUAAAAGAUCUGCAGAAUGUCUUCUCAAAAUAUGGUAAAGUUGACAGCUGCUACCUCAAACGAAACAAUGGAAAAAGUAAUUAUGCUUUUGUUACAUUCAGCAGUAUUGAUGAUGCCAUGAAAGCCAGGCAAGAUGGCAGUCGGAAAGAAAUUCAUUUGCACAAUCGAGAUCUAAGAGUCAUGCCAGCUGACUCGUGGCAUCAGCCAGAUAAUAUGGAAAACCAAAGAAAAGUUGCAGCUAGAAAAAAUAAAACACAGCAACAGACAGAAACAAAUGACGGUGUCCUCCAAUCAUACAUGCCAAGUAAAAGUUCAUUAGAAGAUGAUAUUCCAAUAAAUAAAUUAAACGACGACUGCCUAAUCCACAUGUUUCUUUAUCUGCCAAUUACUGACAGAGUAAGAAUUGAAAGAGUUUGCAAGCGGUGGCAUGCUGUGAGUCUAGAAUCUUGGCGGGCAGUGAAAAGAUUAGAUUUAUCACUGUCUGCUUGGGGAUAUAUUCCGGGUAAAAAGGAUCCAAGCAUCGAUACUCCAACUUUGCGCAAAGUGCUAUUACGAUGUGGUCAUUUCUUGAAUCAUAUUGAUUUGUCCCAAAUAUCUCACAGCCUACGCCAAAGUACACUGACUAUCAUUGGCAAACUUUGCCCCAAUUUACAAACUAUAGAUACUACGUCACUGAAUGUUUCAUCAUCAGGCAUCGACUCGUUGACUCAAAACUGUGGAGAUAUAAGAAAACUAGUUCUAGGAUCAUGCACAAGUUCGUGCGAUAAUGAUUUGAUCAAAUUGUUUUCUAAAAAUAGAAAAUUAAAGUGUCUUAAAAUAGUCCAAAACUCUAUACUCACCGGCAAAUGCUUGGUGCACCUACCGGCUGAUGGAAUGGAAGAAAUUUCUUUGUCUCAGUGCAAUGCUGUCUCAUCGUGUAAUUUUGCCAAUGCCAUUGCCAAGUUCUCCAACCUGAGUUCAUUGUUGCUCAGCAGAUGUGUAGGCCUUUGUGAUUAUGCAGUUCGAGCAAUUGCUUGUCGUGCGGACAGCUUAAAGGAACUCGAACUGUGCGGAAGCUUUCCGUUACUGACUACAAAUGGAAUGUCACACGUGGCUAACCUGGUUAAUCUGGAAAGGUUGAACGUUGCAUGGAAUCCUGUAGUAACAAAUAAAUUUCUCAUAGCUGUUGCGGCGCAGUGCGUGUUACUCAAACACAUUGACAUAUCUGGCUGUAACCCUGUAACGGAUGAGGGUAUUGCCGCAAUCGCAUCCCUACCAAAGUUGGAAGACUUGUUGAUAAACUAUAUGGGGCAUGUGUCUGACGAUGCCCUACCUCUCAUGCAUCAGUUGAAACAUCUUGAAUGUCAAGGGUGUCCUCAUCUCACUGACUUCGGCACAUCAGCUCUGAUUCAAGUCUGCCCACAACUUGAACUCCUCGACUUAUCGGGAUGUAAUUGCAUUACAAACUCAACUUUAGAAGUAGCUGUUAAAGCUACUAAGGUGCGAACAAACAACUCAAUACUCAAAAUUAUAGUCGGAGGCACUGGCACCAAUCUUGAUGAGUUGACUGAAAUAUCUCCAUUGUUACAAAUCAUAAAUGUUGAUCUGUCUCAUACUCAUAUGAGGCCCGACUUUGAUCAUGGUGGCUUCUUUCCUUCGGAAGAUGAGGAUAGCGACAAAGACGAUUUCUUUUUUGACUUAUCAGACGAUAGAAAUGCUUGGGAUGAUCAGAACGAUGAUUUUUUUGAGGACUGGGUUGCCUGAGGUGGAAAGUAAACUAGUUAAAAUUGUUAAGUAUUGCAAGUUUCUAAUCAUGUUCUAUUUACGUAAAGUGUGGAGCCAAAAUGUAGACAGCUGAACAAGUCGAACAUCCUGCACUACGAAAAAUUAUUUAAUUAAUUUCGCUAGUGUUAUGGUUAACCCUUUUUUAUAGCAAAAUUUACUACUAUACAGUGAAACAGACAAGCGCGAAUAGAAAUUGUGUCUUUAACUGUGUGUAAGUUGCAUGGAUUAUUUCCUUACAUAGUUAUAAUAUUAUUUCAAUCAGAAUCAUAGUAAAUUGUACUAAAAAAAAGUGUACUGGCUGACCGUCUACACAAUCAAUAUUCCAAACUUGAAAACUUGAAAUUCCUGUACAGGAAUACUUAUUCAAUCGAAUUUUUAGAACAGUGUUGAUAUGAAAUGUUAUAACUGUAUGUUCAGUCUCAUUACCUGUUUAUCACUUGUCUGUAAUUACGUAAAUGAAUAUUGUUCGAAAUUUUAUACAUCUCAUUUUCAUUCUUAUGCAGCAUGCAAGGCGACAUUCUAAUCUUAAGUUUUCUUAAUAGUCUUCAACAACAUUCUAGAAAUAUUAUAGGUAAAGCCAGUUUAAUCCAUAAUUUAAGUCUGUGUUAUACUCAACCCUGGCAGUUGUUUAUUUGAGUUCACAAACUUGAUGGUGAUAACAGAAGUUUGAUAAACGAUAUUGUCAUUUUUAUAACAUGUAUAUUUCUAAGUGUGACUUAUUUUUAUUACUACGAGAAAAAAAAUUGACGAAUAAAAGAAAUGACUAUACUA